AUGGAGCUCAGUGCUGCGAAUCACCGCUUACCGCUCAAUGAUGGAAACAGCAUUCCUGUCAUCGGACUUGGUACCUACUCACCACCCAAAUCGACUCCUAAGGGACUCUGUGCUACGGCAGUGAAGGCGGCCAUUGAAGCGGGGUACCAGCACUUUGAUGGGGCUUAUGUCUACCAGAAUGAGCACGAAGUGGGCGAGGCCAUCAGAGUGAAGAUCGCAGAGGGAAAGGUGAAGAGAGAGAAUAUCUUCUACUGUGGAAAGUUGUGGCCUACAAAAUUUGAUCCAGAGAUGGUCCGCCCCACCUUGGAGAAGACACUCAAGGUGCUCCAAUUAGAUUAUGUGGAUCUUUAUAUCAUUGAACUACCCAUGGCUUUUAAGCCUGGAGAUGAAGUUUAUCCUAAAGAUGAGAAUGGUAAAUGGCUAUAUCAUAAGACAGAUUUGUGUGCUACUUGGGAGGCUUUGGAAGCCUGCAAAGAUGCUGGCUUGGUGAAAUCCCUUGGAGUAUCCAAUUUUAACCGCAGGCAGCUGGAACUCAUCCUGAAUAAACCGGGGCUCAAAUACAAGCCAGUCAGCAACCAGGUGGAGUGUCAUCCCUACUUCACCCAGCCUAAACUAUUGAAGUUUUGCCGACAACAUGACAUCGUCAUUGUAGCGUACAGUCCUUUGGGCACAUCGCGAGAUCCAUCGUGGGUGAAUACAACUAUCCCACCUCUAUUAAAAGAUGAACUUCUAAUAUCCCUGGGGAAAAAGUACAAGAAGACAACAGCUCAAAUUGCUUUGCGAUUCAACAUCCAGCGAGGAGUGGUGGUCAUUCCUAAAAGCUUUCACCCUGAAAGGAUCAGAGAAAACUUCCAAAUCUUUGACUUUUCUCUCACUGAUGAAGAAAUGCAGAACAUUGAAGCCUUGAAUAAAAAUGUCCGUCUCGUGGAGCUGCUUAUGUGGAGUGACCAUCCCGAAUACCCAUUUCAUGAGGAGUACUGA